AUGGAAAACGAAGACUACCCCAGCCCGACGGGCCAUAAACGACUGCCUGAUUCCUGCGUGGAUGGCCAGCGAGCAUGCGAAAACUGCCACGAACCCGGAGCUUCAAUGGUCUGCGCGAAUUGCAAGGCGACAGAUAUCGGCAACAUCUGCACCAGAUACUGCUCUCAGCGCUGCCAACAAGAAAACUGGGAAGACCACAAGAAGGUUUGUCACGACCGCCGUCGGCUCAUACGCGCCGCUAGAGCUUUCGUUUUAAUUUGGGACGAAUUCCAGGCACUCACCUACGACCGAGACUACAACUUCGUUCGCUCAGACGAGGAUCGCAGAGUCAUUCAUAUAGGCUUCCCGGACCUUCGCAGCGCUCUUGAUUAUGGAGGAUGGACUGGGAAGACCAUAUUCCGCCCUUUUCUAGGUUCUGCGGUUCCAGCUAAUGUUGAUACUGAUGUCAAGCGAGCCAUCCUCCACAGAAACAAAUGCACCGAAGUCGUUGAUAUUGGCCGCCCUCUCAUCGAUUCCAUCUUCAAACCACUUUGUACUCGAAUUCUAGUAGCGAGCGUGGAGCCAAAGGACAUCGCCAUGGUCACGGUUUCCAAACAUGUAUCGCCAAUGUCCGACGCUCAUGACAUCCUUUAUCUUGAGCUCGCAAGCGGCGACGGAUUCGCCCUCGAUGUUUCCGGCUGCCAAUACGGGUGGCGAGAAAGUAUUUAUACGUGGGAUUGUUUUCUUCGCCAUCGUGCGAGACUCUUCUCCUAUACAAGCCUUGACGACGUCAAUCGAAUCCUGGCACGGAACAUGGAAGAAUUGCGCCUUACACCGACUGACGCUGGGCGAGCUUCACGCGAGCUUCGCCAUGAAAUUGUUCAACAGGUAGUUGAGUCCAUCAAGGCAUUUUUCAGGACGAGGCAGACGAGCGUCCGAAGCUUCAUGUCCGCGGGGAAUGAUUCGUUUCCUGACAGAGUUGCAGAUCUAACCUCUCACGCGACCGUGAAGAUUCAGGAGAGCAUUCACCACAUGACGGUCAAUCGAGGCCUUGGAAGAUGGUACUUGGACAUUGAAAAGUUUGGGCUUAGAAGAAUGGUCCUACGAGAUGAGGAGCUCGCGCACAAGAUGAAGAGGGUCUUUUUGGCUCAGGAAGACAUUGAUUCCGUUCGACUCAAAUACACGGAUGAGCCACAAGAGAUCGCUGAGAAGAAACGAGUGAAGGACGUGGCUCGACUUUGGAACGAACGCGUCAGGGAAUAUGGCUGCUUGUCUUAG